AUGGAGCUACCCGAAAACAAAUAUGAGCAUUGGAAAGCAAAGUUCAUAGAUGGCCUUCCCCCAUUAUUUGCAAUAAGGGUUAAAACAUUGCUUAGAAAUGAGCAUGGUGAAAUUCUCUACCAGGAUUAUACUUAUGGUCGACUGAUAGGCGUUUGCACUCAGGAAGGGAAAAAUUUGUGCAAUGAAUUAAAGUUACCUAGAAAGCUUAAAAUAGAUAAGCUUAGGGAAAGAUCUCAGCUAGGAGACUUUUGCAUCCAAUUUGGUUUACCCGGUAUUUCGGCUGAUAGCAAGAAAACCAAACAUAGAGAUUCUAGAGGCUCCAAUCCCGACAAACCUUAUAGGAAAAGAAGGUCUAAACAUAGACAUAGAUCUAAGGAAGAACGGGACGAGAUAAAAGCUUAUCGUAAGUCUAAUAGACUUACCAAGAAUAGGUCUAAGAGGGAACUCGCCAAGAUUAAAUGUUAUAAGUGUGGAAAUUUUGGGCAUAUAGCACCCAAUUGCAAGCUUGAAAAGCUGAAAGCCUUAGAGCUUGAUGAAGAAGUUCAUGAUAAGGUUUAUAGUUUUUUAUAUACUUCUGGUUCUGAGUCCGAUUAUUAUUCUUAUUCAGGUUCAGAAGAAGAAAUUGAGUUACCUGAAUCAUCUGAUAAUAAUCAGCGCGAUAAUAUGAAUGUUUGCAAUACUUGCAAUGGUGAUACUUGCUUAUGUGAUACUUUGAAAUCCACCAAAGUACAAGAAAAAAUUAAAUUGAUUUCUGAACAAAUUGAUAUUUGUGCGGAUCAUCCUAGUGCUUUCUGUAAUAAAAAAAAGCAUAUUGUCACUCUUCCUAAUGAAGACAAUUUCUCUGAGGAUGAAAUUUCUACUAAAUCCCGUCCUUGUCUGAUGAAUUCCGAAUUAGUUGAAUUAUGUAAAAAAGAAAUUGAAUACAAAAGGGCUUGA